AAUGAACGUGAAAAUGACGUCACCUGGCGCCAGGUGUUUUUCCUGAUCUCCCUGCUCGCUCUAAUUUCGGGAAUAAUUCAUUCAGAAGCUGCUUCUGUCGAUGAACAAUGCCGGCAUGCGGACAGCUGUGAGAGAUGCCUUUGCCACCUGGAUUGUGCCUGGUGCACCGAUAAGGUGUAUGAAUCGAACCUCUAUCGCUGCCUCACUCGCUCCCAACUCCUGGCGAACAACUGCAGCGAAAGUGAGAUAUACAGGAAUGAGCCGGCUUUAGAUAUCCUGCGAAAACCCCUAAAGGACUACGAGACCAAUGACGAUCAAGCGGUACAGGUGACACCGCAGCGUGCAUACCUCAAGCUGGUCAAAGGAAACACGCAACGCAUCAAGUUGAGCUACCGAACGGCACGCAAUAAUCCCCUCGAUUUAUACGUCUUGAUGGAUCUCACCUGGACAAUGAGGGACGAUAAGGAGACACUGAGAAAGUUGGGAGCUGAACUUACAAAGACCUUGAGAAAUUUAACUGAUAACUAUCGUCUGGGAUUUGGUUCUUUUGCUGAUAAGCCUGCUCUUCCUAUGAUUAAUCCUGGCAUCAUGGACAAUCCCUGUGCCCAAGAACGUGAACAGGCGGUUUGUGAGCCCACCUAUGGGUAUCGUCAUCAAUUGUCCUUGACGGAGGAUAUACAUUCAUUUACUGCUGCGGUGGCUAAUAGUAAAAUUACUGCAAAUUUGGAUAAUCUUGAGGGUGGCUUGGAUGCCCUAAUGCAGGUUAUAGUGUGCCCCAAGGAGAUCGGUUGGAAGGAGCAGGCUCGUAAAAUAGUUAUCCUUGUCACUGAUGGCUUUAUGCACUUGGCUGGAGAUGGUCUACUCGCUGGCAUUGCUCAGAGGAAUGAUAAGAAAUGUCAUCUUAAUCAGGCUGGUGAGUAUACGGGAUCCUUGGAAUAUGAUUAUCCUUCACUGGAGGAGAUCUAUCGAGAGUUGCUGAGCCAGAAAAUCAAUGUGAUCUUUGCGGUUACCCAGGAUAGAGUGAGCAAUUACAGGGAAUUGAGUGCCUUGAUGAAAGAAAUCAGUUAUGUGGAUGUAUUGAGUGAGGAUUCCUCUAAUAUAUUGGAAUUAAUUAAAAAGAGUUAUGAAAGCUUGAUUAAACGCACUCAAUUUGCUGAUAAUAGUCCUGAUUAUAUUCAAUUGGAGUAUUAUACCGACUGUGCUGGACAGUUUCCCAGUUUACGUAAAAGAAACUAUUGCAAUAAUGUUUCGCUGGGCAAGGAAAUUGAGUUUUUUGUGGAUGUCACACUAAAAGAGUACCCCUUAGAUAAGAAUUAUACCCACAACAUUCGCGUGGGUGAAACCUCACUCAGCGAAUAUAUGGUGGAGGUGGAACUGCAGCGCCCGUGUCCUUGCCAGGAAAAACCGGAUCCGGAAAAUGAAUACGGACGCUUUCAGUGCUCGGAACAGGGUUACAUGUACUGUGGCAUGUGCACCUGUGAUGAGGGCUGGACAGGUACCCUUUGCACCUGUCCCACUGAUAACACCAAUGUGACCAAUAAUGAGGCACUGCUCCUAAAGUGUCGUCAACCUUUAUUGGAUCAAACUCACUCUCCGUUGGUGUGCUCUAAUCAUGGAGACUGUGAUUGUGGCAGUUGUUUCUGUGAUCCUGGCUAUACGGGUCCUUAUUGUGAGUGCAAGGAGUGUGUGGAUUGUGAUAGCGAAGUGGCUGAUUGCUCCUGUGGUCAGUGUGUGUGCAAAUAUGGUUGGUCCGGCACUAGAUGUAAUUGUGCCGAGAAUAUGGAUGCUUGCCGUGGACCCACUGGAGAGAUCUGUUCCCAGCGAGGAGCCUGCGAUUGCGGAGAAUGCAGCUGUGAGGAUGAUUUUCUGGGCAAGUUUUGUGAAAUUGAUCCGGAAAAGGAUAACAAGUUGUGUCAGUUCUAUGAGCCUUGCGUGACCUGUUUGAUUCAGCAGAAGCAGGGCAUGGGCGCCUGUGAUAAUUUGAGUGAAAUUUGCAAGAGUUUGGACCGUCAAGAGCUAUUCACAUAUCGUUUUGUCCAUGAGUUGGAACCGGAACAGGCCCGUUGCCUGGUUAGGAUGGUGAAUAAGCAUGGCAUUCAGUGUGAUAGCUUCUUUAGCUAUCAGGUCAUCAAUCCCUCCAAUGAGCUAUCCAUCCAAGCUGUGGAUUGUGAACCCUUGGAUUAUAUGGCUUUGUUUGGUUUCAUAUCGGGUUUUACUGUGCUAGCUGGGUUGCUCCUAAUGUGUCUUAUAUGGUGGUGCAUAAGGGCCAAGGAUGCCCGGGAAUAUGCCAGAUUUGAGGAGGAUCAGAAGAACUGGGUGAGGCAGGAGAAUCCUAUUUAUAGGGAUCCUGUGGGUAGAUAUGAGGUGCCCAAGGCUUUGAGUGUCAAGUAUGAUGAGAAUCCUUUUGCUAGUUAAGUUUAGAAUAUUUUUAAAAUAUUUAUAAAUUAUAAAUGUAGGAAACGGAGCUAUAGUUACGUUAAAAUAGUUUUAAGUAGUUUAGUAUAUAUCUUAAGCCAAACCAAAGCUCCCUUGAACAAAAACCUCUUUGUUUAGUUUCAUUUUUCUUCAUAUACAAUAUAUUUUGAACAUAAAUUUUGUUUUGUUUAUACAUAAAAAUGAUUGUGAAUCGUUCAAUAAUUCGUAAUAUAUAAAACUAAUCUAAACUAGACUAAGAAUUUGUUUAUAGCUAUAUAAGAAAAAAAUAACAUUUGUAAUAUAACAAAGAUACUAGUUUUCAAAAAUGGGACAAGUGUUGAUUUUUUUUUAGAAUUAAGUGAUGACUAUUACUGGCAAAAAAUGCAAAAUGCAAGAUAUUAUCUCUAACAUAUAGAACAGGCAUUACAAAAAUAUAAUUCAAUUAAUUAAGACUAAACACGCUUUUUCCCCGUUUUUCAUACUACUUUUAACUAAAUGUAAUAUCACUAGAUUUGUAGCUUAGAUUUCUAGUAAAUGGGUUUUUUCUCCUCUC